UUAAUGUUAAAUAAUUAAAGUAAUUACAAAUUACUUCGUUGCAGUCCUUAGCAGUAGAGAUAUAAUAGCGAAGAAACAAUGAAUAAUAGGACCUGGAUGGAAUGGUUUGGUUUGCCAUCGGGUGUCACAUAUGAAGAAGUCGAAGAAAAAAUUGGUGAGCCAUAUCCAAGUUUGGCAGAAUUUUGGAAAUGGGCUCUGAUUUUUGGCGCUGCACUGUACAUUUUUAGAGAUUACAUCCUCAUCCCAUUAAUUCUGAAGCCCAUGGGCAUGAGAGCUGGCGUCAGGUCUCGACCGUACGCUGCCCCAACGCCCAACAAAACUCUUGAAGAUUUGUAUGCUGUAAACCGAGCGCGACCGCCGCGCCAAAUGCUGACAGCGGCCGCGUCGCGCAUCAACUGGUCAGAGCGAGCAGUCGAAAGAUGGCUUCGUCAGAGAGCUUUAUCUUCGCAAAUGACAACGCUGGAGAAGUUCUGUGACAUGGGUUGGCAAGGUUUCUUCUAUAGCUGCUUCUUGAUUGCUGGCUUGUUCAUAGUUUUACCACAAGACUUUGUUUGGGAUUCCUCUGUGUUCUUCGAAAACGUUCCGUAUCAACGAGCUCCAGUCAUAAUUUGGUGGUACUGCGCAUUUUGUUGUGGAUUUUACAUCACCCAAACGUACAAUCUGCUUACCCUAGAUCGACGCCACGAUUUCUACAUAAUGUUAACCCAUCACCUGGCAGUUUUUAUUACAAUUUCCGAUAACGUGUCCAUGAACGGGAUGAACUUGCUAUCUUUGAGUGCUUUCAUCCACGAAGUAGCCGACAUACCUCUAUCUUUGGCAAAAAUGCUUGAUUACUCGGGACGAAAAGAAUUCGUUACGUUCUGCAUGAUAGUUUUUUCUGUGAUCUGGAUAAUAACUAGACUUGUGCUUUAUCCAGUGAUGAUUAUUAAACCAAUUUUUGCAAAAUAUUUCGCUCUAGGUUUUCGUAUUUGGCCGGCACUUUACUUGGGAAGUGCUUUAUCUCUUCUUUUGCUUUUCCUUCACUGUUUGUGGACCUUGGAGCUCAUCAAAGCAAUAAAAAUUAAAUUAUCUAAGGAGAAAGGCUUUGAAGACGUUAGGUCAUCUGGUGAGGAACUCUCUGAGGAAGAAAAAGUUACUGAAAACUCAAAUUUGGAUACUAAAGCCCCAAACAAAGUUAAUGGUUCACUGGAUAUGGAUAGUGGGAGACAGCGCAAAGUCAUUCGUUCCGUCUUUUAAUCGUACAAAUGUUUUAUUUAUGGGUACGCCGCCGUGCACCACCUAAUUUGUGCACCAAUCGGCUUUGAAAG